AUGGACACGCACGUUACAAUCGACAUAAGAGCAUCCUAUUUAACAACGUGCAUCGUUCUUCGUAGAAUAGUAUUAACUAGUAUUGAUCAAUCGUUUGAACGUAUAAACGUUAGCGGGUUCCAAAUGCCUGUACAGUUUUCGGUUGAAUCAAUCGACUAUCUUGCUGACAAAUUCAAUAACUGUGGGUCUCUAUCGGACGAAUCUCUUUCAUAUUUAACACGACAAGCCACUAGUUUAAUAUCCAUUCUUUUACAAGAUGCUUGUAAAGUGUUACGUAAAUGUCGUCGAAACAGCUUAACAGCAGAGGAUUUCGCCUUUGCUCUAAAACUGCAUCAAUUAGAACCUAUGUAUGGCGGUUAUACAAUCUCAAAUCACCAUAGAUCAUCAUUUCAAAAAUUAAAAAAGGAUAAUCGAAACGUCUAUUAUAUCGAUGAUCAAGUCAUUCCUCUUGAUCAACUGAUCCAAUCUCACUUAAAAGUACCUUUAGACAUAAGUCUUCGAGUACAUUGGCUAGCAGUGAAUGGUAAACAGCCCGAAGUAAUUGAAAAUCCUACUGUAGAUAUAUCUGUUCGAUCAAUUCCAAAGAAAAGAUUCACUAAAAGUUCUCAUAUUUUAUCUACAGAACAACAAAUUUAUUUUAAAAACUUGACAGAGACGUGUAUCAGCUCGAAUGAAUCAAAGCGCAAGCAAGCUUUAGCAAUACUUUCAUCCGAUCAUAGUCUCCAAGCUAUUCUGUCGCGUUUAAUUCUAUUCAUAUCAGAAGGAAUACGUGUGAAUUUAUCACCACAAGCUCCAACUGAUCGUUCGAUUUUCUUAAACCUUCUCAUCCAAAUGAGUGACGGUCUGUUACAAAACGAAGAACUCAAUCUAAAAGCAUAUUUACACUAUUUCUUUCCAGCAGUCCUCUCUUGCUUACUUGCAAGGCGAACGUCACAUGAUCAUUGGUCAUUACGAGAUCUUGCAGGCAAAUGUUCUGGAAAAAUUAUUCGGAAAUAUGCAACAGCAGCGAACGAUUUACAACAACGCACAAUCAAUGUCUUCUAUCGAAUUUUAAAUAGUAACGAAGAAGAAUACACAUGGCCAACUCGAUACGGAGCAUUCGUUGGUCUUUGCGAAAUGAAUUCUAAAGUAAUCAUUCAAUUAAUCUUUCCUCUUGUCAAACGGUUAGGUGAACGAAUUCGACUGAUAUCAGAUGUUGAAUCAUCGGAAAGGCUCACCGAAGUCAUUGUGAAAUUCCUCACCAUGGCUUAUCGUUCUAUUGACAACAAAAUUGAAAGUAAUGAGAAGAAACUCUACGAACAGUUCGGUUCAUAUUUCGCACCAUUGAUUCAACAGCAAUUGAUAUUAUUAUUGUAA